ACGAGAAAUUGAUCAAAUAGAAUGUGUUGAAAUUUCCUUUUGUCCUGAUAAACAUAUAAAUGAAACAGGUGCUUGUACUGUUUGAGUGAUGCUGAUGGGCUGGUUUUCAAAUUAAUCGAAAAUGAAGUUGGUUUUUGCCCUUGUUAUAUUGGUUUCUUUAACAUCGUCCAAGAGUCAGAGUGUGAGCCCAAACAUUUUGGAGACAAUUUCAAAAUUGUCGAAUAACACGCAAUUAGAGAAUACAAUAUCAGUUUCCAACCUACUGUCUUUUUAUGAAAAAUAUAAUGAGGCAAGCCAACUUUUGAAGGAGUCGUUGGAUAUUGAUUCUGCUUGUUUCCGACAAAUUCGGUCUGUUGUUGAAGGUAUCGAAAAUAAAGAACUAUGGGCCGUACAGAUGUUGGACUCUUCAGCGAAAUUUCCACCAGGUAUUUUGUUUGGAAAUAUCCUUAGUUUCGGAAAUUACGAAGAAUGUACCGAGAUACAACACUUUGAUGAAAGCCUAAAAACAGACAUAAAAGGACAAUAUUGCAAUACUGCAGUUACUUUAGGAAGAAGCUCAGUUGAUUUUGACAUUUUUGACGAUAAUUUAUUAGCAGCAGCUAAAGAGUUUGACUUUACUGAAAUUGGAAUGACCUUUGGUUUAUGUGUGCCUUCUGGAUGUACCACAAGAGAUCUUCAAAAUAUCAGCGAUGCAUUAUUUCCAGGAAUUCUACCAAUUCGAAUGACGUUCAUAGAAAAAUUCUGUUCUUCUAAAGAUACAGAGGCUCCUUUACCAACCAGAAGUAUUAUAGGCUUAUUUAUAUUUUCUAUUUUUGGGCUGUUACUUAUACUGGGGACAGUGGUGGAUAUCGUUGAUUCUACAGAUAACAACUCCAUUCUCAGAUGCUUCUCAGUUUAUACAAAUGGAAAAAAGCUCUUCUACUCCAAAACAGGCGAAGACUCUUUGCUUUGUUUGAAUGGAUUGAGAGUGCUAAGUAUGAUGCUGAUAAUUUUGGGUCACAGGCUCAUCAUGACAAAUGGAAUGCCAGCAGUGAAUACAAUUGUUUUGGAAAGUUGGAUGGCAACUUGGUAUAACUAUAUCUUCAUCGGAUUGGGUUUCGCUGUUGAUACCUUCUUCACGAUAAGUGGCUUAUUAGUAGUCUAUUUGUUCAUGAGAAUUAACGAAAAAGGCCAAUCAAUUCACUGGGGAAUGUUCUAUGUACACAGGUUCUUGAGACUAACACCUUCUUUAAUCAUGGUUGUGCUCUUUUACUGUACCAUGGUAAAUUUAUUUCAAUACGAACCGUUCGCUCUACUAGACGAUUAUUUGGGCGUAACAUGCAGGGAAUAUUGGUGGACCACGAUUCUGUACAUUGAGAACUAUUGGAAUCCAAAUAAUAUGUGUGCUGUACACUCGUGGUAUUUGGCUGUCGAUACACAACUUUAUAUGUUGUCACCUAUUUUACUGAUACCUUUGACGAAAUACCCGAAAGCAACAGUCACCUCGAUGAUUUUGAUAGUAUUGUUGUCGAUGUGUGCCGCCUUUGAAGCAACUUGGCAGAAAAACUUAGGUGCAACAUAUUUGCAUCAGAACCCUGAGGAAUACAAGACUUUGUACACUCCAACGCACAUACGUGUAGCACCUUGGAUGCUUGGAGCUAUAACAGGAUACUUCAUUGCAAAAAAUAGAGGACGACCUUUUCAUAUCAACAAGUUUUUAGUUUUGUUGCUAUGGAUCAUCUCUGUGGGUUCACUAUUGUUGGUAUUGCUCGUUCAGAAGGUUUACCACGACAAUGAAUACGACGUGUGGUAUUCAGCUAUUUACAACACGUUUGCAAGAUCUGUUUGGGGAGCAGCAGUCUGUAUUGUUAUACUGCUGUGCGUCUUCGGCUAUGGAGGCAUCAUAAAUACCUUUUUAUCUUGUCCCCUAUUCAAUGUACUCAUUAGGAUCAACUAUGCAGUAUAUUUGGUUCAUAUGAUGGUGACUGUCAGUAUUCUGGCCAAAAUAAGGAUGCCAAUAUUUCUCAGCAACUUCAACGUUAUCCAUGAGGCACUAGGUGAUUACCCGAUAAUACUUUUAGUGGCUGUUAUAUGGACAUUAGCAUUUGAAUCACCCGUUAUUGCCUUAGAGAAAAUCUUCUUACCUAAAGAUAAAGGGGAUAAAAAAAAACUGUCCAUGGAUAAGAAUGAUUCGAAUGGAAGCUGUGAGACUGUUAUUGUUAAAGAGGUCCCUAUUAAUGACUUUUUACUAUCGAAAACUCAAAGUACGAAGAAAAUACUCAACAUAAACAAAGUAUUAUCUACCUAUAUAGACAUGAAUCUAAAACUCGUUAUAUUCUACGUUUUACUCCAUGUUUCUAUGAAUGAUUUCUCAACUGUUGAAUCUGCAAGAUUCAUUAAGCACACCAUCAGCAUAGUUUUGAGGAAACUGGAAAAUGUGGUUGAUGACACUUUGAUAAACACAGAUUGCGGAAAGGAUUUGAAAUUACUUAUACAUGAUAUAAUUACAAGAAAGAAAUGGGCUUUACAAAUGAUUGAUGCAAGUGCCAAGAUUGGAUCAGGUUUGUUAGUUGGUAAUAUCCAUCAAAUUGGAAAUUUCGAUGAGUGUCUAGAUAUUCAGGAAGAAAGCGAUGGACGAAAAAUAACAGGCCAGUACUGCAGUAUUUUCAUCAGUCCAAAAAACGCCACAGAAGUGUCAUCAGAAUUCAAAUUUUUUUACGAUCCAUCGAAAAUAUCAAGCUACGUGAACACCAAAGCUAUAAAAUUUCUUCGUAGAAAUUCUAAGUUUCUCAAAAUGUCAUAUGGAUUAUGCCUGCCUUCUUCCUGUUCUUUGGAAAAUAUACAAACUAUUUGGAGUUACAUAGAAAUGAGUUUUUCUCUGCCCGUAGAUGUGGAAUUCAAUGACCUACUAUGUGAUUACAAAGACAAGCCAAGAUUUAGUUUUGGAGUAGAACCAUUUAUAUUCUUAGGAUUUGGACUAUAUUUUUGUGCACUGUUUGCAGCAACAAUCUUCGACAUUUUCUACUUUGACGGUGAUGAAAAGAGCUUGUACAGUUAUAUCUGUACAUUUUCUUUGAGAAGAUGCGCUGCAAAGUUAUUCUCGACACAAGUGGGGGAGGAUAAUAUAUCAAGCAUUAAUGGUCUCAAAGUUUUAAGCAUGUUGUGGGUACUUCUGGGACAUCGAUUUCUGAUAAACGCUUUUCUUCCCAAUGUGAAUGCUUUAUUUUUGUUCGAGUGGAAAGAUAAUUUGGAGAAUAUGGCAGUUCUAGGUGCUACUGUUUCUGUUGAUUCAUUUCUAACAAUAAGUGGCCUACUCUUGUCUUACAUCUAUUUGAGAUACACAGAAAUAAAAAAUGUUAAAGUGAAUAUGGUUUCUUUCUAUAUGAUAAGGAUAUGCAGAUUAACACCUCCUCUGUUAGCAACUAUAUUGAUCUAUAUAGCAGUUUUGAAAUAUAUUACAGAUGGUCCCUUGUGGCAGGCCUUUUCGGCAAAGAUGGCUUUCAACUGUUUCUUUUACGGAUGGAUGAAUGUACUGUAUAUCAAUAACUUCCUAACUCUUCAAGACCAGUGUAUAGGUCAGUCAUGGUAUCUAUCAGUGGAUUCUCAACUGUACUUCAUGUUCCCAUUGAUCUUCUUCUCUAUCAAGAAGAAUCCUAAGAAAACAUUCUACUGGAUGUUUGUUUUUGGUAUAUGCUCUUCCAUAUCUACUCUCAUUAUAACUCUUUACUAUGGAUAUAAUUUCAUUUUAGACUUGAGAUAUGUUAAUAGUGUUUACCAAAGUACAUUUUUAAGAAUGCCUGUCUGGUUGAUAGGUGUUACCACUGGAUAUUUCAUCUUUAAGUAUAAGGACAAGGAUUUUCCAAUAGAAAAAAAUUUGAAAAACAUUUUAUGGGUUUUAUCAUUCGUCAUUCUGAAUGGAAUUGUCUUUGGUCAAGUUUUCCUCUUAAGACAUGAAAAUAAAUCUUUACUGAGUGCCCUUUUCAAUGCUUUUGGAAGGCCAUUAUGGGCUCUGACUAUAUGCUGGAUAAUAUUUGCCUGUGUUACGAAAAAUGCUGGAAUGGUAAAUACGUUCCUAUCCUUGUCUAUUUUCAACUUCUUAGCAAAACUGACGUACAGCUUAUUUUUAAUACAUAUGCUCGUUUUAUUUGUCAUAUCUGGAAGAAGGAGACAUACUGAUCAUUUUAGUAACAUACGGGCGAUCCAUGAAUUUUGUGGAGACACAAUCUUCAGUGUGAUGGUUGCCACAUGUUUCACACUUCUGUUUGAAGCUCCCAUCAUCACGCUAGGAAAAAAAGUUUUUCGAAGAUUUGAAAAAGUUGGGUCUGAAGAGAAGCAAGAUCCUCUGAGAGCAAUUAUAAGGUAUAAACUGUGGUUUCUACCCGUUGAAACCUAUAGCAAUACAAAAGUGGAAUGAAGUUUUAAUGAUGAACUUGAAGGAUCAGUAGAUGAAUAAUUAUUAUUUACAAAUGUAUUGAUCAAGAAAUAUAAACAUCAAUUUGUA